AUGAGCUCUCGCUGGGCUUUGGGGAUGCUGCUCAUGGCAGCCUGGAGCAUAGGCUGUGGUAAGGCCUUCAGGUGCUACACCUGUGAGCAACCCACGACCACCUCUUCAUGCAGAAACAUUUCUUACUGCAAGCCAGAGGACACAGCCUGCAAGACCACGCUGGUGAAUGUGGAAGCAGAGUACCCCUUCCACCAGAGACCUGUGGUGACCCGCUCCUGCUCCACCUCCUGCAUUGCCACUGACCCUGACAGCAUCGGGGCUGCCCACCUCAUCUUCUGCUGCUUCCGUGACCUCUGCAACCGGAAAGCAUCUGUGGGCCUCCUGCUGAACCCGCGCGGCCAGGAGGGGGCGCGCCAGAGCCCGCGAAACGCCGCAGCGAGGACCCUUCCCCCUCCUGCACGCCGCGGGCACACGGGACCCGCCUGCACUGCCUGCCCUCCCUGCCCCGAACCGCCACCGCGAGCUCGGCUACACCGCCAGACCCACAAGGGACGGCGGCAGGGAAAGCCCUUGCCCCAUCGGUUGGCCAUGAGGAAGCCCACCUGUCCGCCUGUUCCUGUGCCCCUUCCAGGAAACGUGGCCGCCUAA